AUGAUUGCUCCCGAGCAUGACACUGUGCUGCGAUCGUCGUCUCCGCCCAUGCCAUCACCUGCUCUUGAGCCUUUACCUUCGUUACGAAAGCGCAACUCGCAAUACCUCGAUGUUCAAUACGACUUGACAGCAAAUAUCCCACAGCCAAGACUGAAAUCAGAGACAGGGGCACCGCCGUCGCCAACCAGUCAACCGUUCAAGCGACCAAAGUGGAUGGGCUCUGAUCCUCUCCUGCGAAACACCACGAAACUCGCAGCAAGCCUUACUCGUCAUUGUAGUACAGAUUCAACCAACAAUAUCGCACAUGAAUCUUGCGAGCACGAGAAGGAUCUCUUUACUCCAAUGGCUGGUGCUUCAGUUGGGUUGAAGAGAGAUGAUCCUCGAAUUCUUCGAGAGAUACUCGAUGCUCUCAAUUAUUUUGAUACAUUUCGCAAUUCGGCCCAAUCCCAAUCACAUUCGUCUUCGCCUUCGCCGUCAUCGUCAUCGUCGUCGUCGUCGUCGUCGUCGUCGAAAUUCAAAUGGCCACAUCGAUGA